CAUUGAGUAAACCAGCGUCAUCGACAGUAUCGCCAAAACUUGAAACGAUUGCGAGAACUCCAGCCACAGAUACGACGUGCACAAGAGAAUCGACUGAUUGAACACCUGAAAGAAGGCAAGCCUCCGCCGCCGGAGAACCUUUAAGUAGGUACGGAAAAGGUGGAGGAAGCGGGAGAGGUAGAAGACGUAUGACCAGAAGAAGACGCGCCCCGAAGGGCGCGUGCCUAGGGGAAAGCAGAAGAGCCACUGGAGAGGAGUCUUAGACCGGCGCCAGAACCACCGUGUGUCGCGGAUCUCGGCGGCCGCGGAGAAGAGUAUUCCGACGAAGAUGAGAACCGAUAUUAAAGCCAUGGCGAGGCUGUGGAGAGCCGGGAUAGGGCCCAAAGGGACGGGGCGGCGGCGGCGGAUGAGUAGGAGAAAGAGAUGGAGGAAGGCGGCAGUGGCGAUGUAUGCGGCGAUGGAGGUGAAUAGAAACGACCAUGUGGAGCCCCAUGAUUGGCUGUGGCUCCAUCGGAAUCUUACUAUGCAGGGGUGCUCCGCCAACCAGUAUUUAAUGCUCUGCAUCACAAAUGCGUGUAUCUCCUAAAAUCGAACUGAUCCCUUUCUUCAAUUGACUUGUUUUAUCUUUCGUCGGUGAGUGUGUUUCAGUACGUCGGUCCAAAAUGGAUGCCAAUGGCUUCACUUAUAUCAUAUCAACGAUGAGUUACCUUAGAAUGUUCCAAAGUAUAGACCCUUCAACCCACACAUCAAAACUCGUAUUUAACUUUACAAAAUAUAAACGAGCCAAAUACCUCCUCCUCCAAAUCCAAUCACCCGCCGUGACGUAAGUCUUCCGGAUCCAACGUGCCUAACCUUAUCGCGUAACUUUUACACCGUUGAUUAGCCAUCCAGAGUCCCAUGAUUUAUCCAACGGUGUUUAAGCCAAGAGAGAGAAGAGCACCAAUAAUGGAACGCCAGGUGGACAACGACGCGUCUAUUCCAGAUACGCCCCCAAACAUAGUACUCACGCGUUGCUUCCUGCCAGGCUGCCACCCCCCACCGUCAAACUAUAUCUUGGAAAUUUCGUAGUGAUUUCUCGGCUUAUAGGAUCCUCCUAUUUGGACUUCUGAACGGUCCAUCCGUCGGUGGUGGGUCGCUCGGCCGAUCAAUCGAUAACUCUGUUCCUACGGUGUUUCCGAAUAUCCGAGAUCUGGGGUUUUUGUUGUUCAAUCAAUAUCGUUUCAAUAGGGUUUUCUGAUUCUAUUUUCCAGUCGGUCUAUUCCCCGUUAACCGUUCGGAAAAGAUGAAGGAAAAUGGUACUAAACCUAAUUGAUGUAUCAGGCGUCGUUUGGUUGCCUGGAGAACUUGGAAUUGGGAUUGAAGGACCCCAACUUGGAUUUGGAAUUACAUCCCCAACAGCAACACGGCGUUUGAUAUUGGGGAUUGGUUCCUUAAGGUUACUGGAAACCUAGGGUUUCUAUAUGUGGAUGGGUUUAAGUAGUGUUUUUUUCUGGCCAUGUGUUUGUUACAUAUCUAAAUGUGAUUUCCAGAUCUUACAAAAGGGGCCUUUUGUUAAUCACUUUGUUUUAUCUUGCAAUUUGGAUUGUGUUGCUGCAAUCUAGUGCUUUUCAUUGCAAUUUGGAUUAUUAUUAAUGAAAAUCAACUAAUUGAGUGACUUCCAUUCGGAGAACGUUGUGCUCUUCUAUUGUUAUUGCUGCUUUUGAUUGAAAGGGUUUAAUAUGAUUUCAUAGGCAUUCUACUUUUUGCCGAUCAGAGAUGACGAGUGGGUUUGGGGAAUCAACAAGCAGGCCACCCCAAAGCCCUUCUUUCUCUAGCAAUAAUGGUAGCAACAGUGAUGCUGGUAAUUUUGAAUGCAAUAUAUGCUUUGACUUAGCUCAAGACCCAAUUGUGACUCUCUGCGGCCACCUCUUCUGCUGGCCUUGCCUUUAUAAGUGGCUUCAUAUUCAUUCACAUUCCCAGGAAUGCCCUGUUUGUAAAGCUCUUGUUGAGGAGGAGAAGUUGGUUCCCCUCUAUGGUCGGGGAAAGACAUCAACAGAUCCAAGAUCGAAGUCCAUUCCAGGUAUUAACAUUCCAAAUCGUCCAACAGGCCAGCGACCUGAAACGGCUCCUCCACCAGAUGCAAAUCAUUUUAUGCAACAUGGGUUUGGGUUCAUGGGAGGCUUAGGGGGAUUUGCACCAAUGGCAACUGCAAGAUUUGGGAACUUCACAUUGUCUGCGGCUUUUGGUGGGCUUUUCCCAUCGCUAUUUAACCUUCAAGUGCAUGGAUUCCCUGAUGCUACCAUGUAUGGGCCAGCUGCUGGUUUCCCAUAUGGAUUUUCUAAUUCAUUUCAUGGUGGACAUGCUCAUGGAUUCCCUCAGCAUCCACCAACUCAAGGGCAACAAGCAGAUUACUAUCUGAAGAUGCUGUUCUUGAUGAUUGGUGUCUUUGUGAUCAUUGCCCUAAUUUGGUCAUAGAUUAAAUUUUCUGGCAGAGUGCAAACUGCUAACGGAUGUUUAGGUUUGUUAAUCUGAUGCGCUUGUAAAUUGGUUUCGGCAUUUGAUUCUUACUUUUUUUGAACUAAGCAAAUUGUCCAUAUGGUAUUCUCUAUCUGUACUCUUUAUCUGUUUUUGUGUCUAUCAACAGUACUUGGAGUC